AUGAGGUUACAGAGUGUGUGGACCAAAGCCUGCAAGACCAGCAGCAACACCAAAAGCAACACCAACAGAACACUCGUGUUUGGCCAAAAGGCCAUUUACAGGCCAUUCCCUAAGCCGUUGAGCGACAGAAUAAUGUUGAUUAAAUUGGCCAAGACCAUUUACAAGCCGGUCCCUAAGCCACUUAGAGACAAGAUGUUGGCUAAGCUAACAAGACUGAACGCAGAAGAACUAAUUGGCACGAUUAUUGAUCGAAAGAUCAAUAGUGCCAUGAGGAUCGAUCUCCCUAGGGGAGUAAAACGCCAGCUAGAGGAGAAACGUUUCGUUCCUCAAGGGCUAGAAGAAGAAGAUCUGUUGAGAGAAGUCGAAGUCGGAGAAGUUGGGGAAGAAGAAGUUGUGGAAAAAGAUGACGAAGAAGCAGAGAAAGAUGAUGUUGGCUACGAAGCAGACGAUGAAUAUUAA